AUGAGGCAUCAUUCGGCAGCCUGGGCGCUCCUCGCCCAGACGGUCAUGGGGUUCUCGGCGUACGACUACAACACGCCGGGCGCGGCGCAGGUGCGCUUCUGGCUCAACCGCGACGAUGUAGACGACGGGGCCGUGACGCAGAUGCCAUUCCUCACGGGCACCGGCUUUGCCACGCUACCUGUCACAGACUGCUUUCGGGAUGAUGACUCGGAGGAGUCGCGCUACGACAUUGCCAUUCUCGGCGCGCCGCACGAUACGACAACCACGGGCCGUCCGGGUGCCCGGUUCGGCCCUCCUGCCAUCCGGCUCGGCAGCAACCAAAAGACGUACGGACUAAGCGUCUACACCCGACGCGAUGCCUUGAGGGACUGGGCUACGAUUGUCGACUGCGGAGAUGCCAAGAUGACGUGGCUGGACAACCGGUAUGCGCUCAAGACGCUGGAGCAGGCGCACAGGAAGAUUUCGGGGCGGCCGGCCCGGAGCAGCAACACGUCGAGCGUGCCGCGCAUCAUUACCCUGGGCGGCGAUCACACGACGACACUGGCCGCACUGCGGGUGACGGAGAAGCAUUGGGGCCCGGUGUCGGUGAUUCAUUUCGACAGCCACAUUGAUACCUGGGAUCCCUCACAGCUGGGUGGCGGCAUCUCUGAUUAUGCGCAAAAAUUGAUCCUCGACUCGUCCAUCCACGCUGGCAUCCGCGCCCAGGUCGUCAACCAGGGCGACAUGCGCCACGACAAGGACUGCGGCUUCCACAUCAUCACGGCGCGCGAUCUUGACCUGAUUGGCGUCCAGGGCGUCAUUGACCGUCUCCGCGCACGCGUCAACAACACGCGCGUCUACAUUAGCAUCGACAUUGAUGUGCUCGAUCCCGCCUUUGCCCCAGCGACCGGAACGCCCGAGACCGGAGGAUGGUCCUCGCGUGAGCUCCUCACCAUUUUGGCUGGCUUGGAAGGGCUGGAGAUUAUCGGGGGCGAUGUCGUCGAGGUGGCGCCGCCGUAUGAUAACAACGCAGCCACGACGGCGCUGGCAGCUGCCGAGGCCGCCUUUGCUCUCCUGGAGCUCAUGGUGGCUACGCCUGUCAAGGUCCACCUCCUCAGCCACCUCCUCGGCCGUAGAACGAAGAGCGGCCGGCCUGCCUCCCUGGAAAUUCUCCAGUGGUGGGCCGACGAGUACAAGUCGGCCGUCAUCUGCGGGCUCAGCAUCGCCAUCCUCUCCGUCGUGCUGUGGUACUACGACGGCAAGCUCGUGCCCCGCUUGUCGCCCGGCCUCGAUUUGGAGAUGGUAGUGAUUGCGCUCGUCACCGUGGCUCGCGUCGCCAUGGGCAAUGUCGUCGAGGCCUGCCUUUCUCAGUGCGCAUGGAUCUGGAUCGCCAAGUCGCACCAGCGCCGCACCAAGACGGUAGCCCGCCUCGAGGACUUUAAACUCUUUGAUGAGGCCUCGCGCGGGUUUCUCGGAAGCGUAGCCCUCAUGUGGCGUAUGAAGGGGCUGCAUCUGUCUUGCAUCGGUGCUGCCAUCAUCAUUUUCACACACGGCUUUGAGACCUUUUCGCAGCAAAUGGUGCACUACGUUGCCAGGCCCAUCGUGUUCAGGAAUGAAACGGAGCGAUCGGCGCCGGCGAAUUACCGCAGCGAAUACUGGGACAAUGUUGAGCAGCGCGAUGAGAGCACAAGUUUUACUCUUCAACUCUCAACAAAAGCAGCCAUUUACACAGGAAUCAUUGCAGACGAGAUCCCAGUUUUGAUGCCUGCUUGUUCUACUGGGAACUGCAGUUGGCCUAUAUUUCCUUCGUUGGCUGUAUGUGGCGAGUGCACACCGAAAAGUGUCAUGACUGAGUGUAAUGGACAAGGCUGUACAUACUCGGUUUCUCCCAGUACCUCAGUCAUAGUCUUGCAUGGCGAUGGGAACGAGGCUUUCAGGGCGCGACCAAUCAAGGAGCACCAAUCGCUAAAAGACCAGGGCAACACGGCAUAUCUGUCGGUAUUUGAGGUAGUGGCAGCCUCCGACUUCCAGUCUAAAACGAACUCGACAGCAUUCGAGUGUGCUCUAUGGGCCUGUAUGAAAGCAUACGAUACAUCCAUGAACGAUGGCCAUCUCACCCAAAAUGUCAUCGCUCUGUGGAAUGAAACCCAGAUAGAGGUGGAAACAAACGCUCACCUGGAGGAACAUGUUUUUGUCAAUGUUCCAAAGGAAAUGAACACACUUCAGCGCUCAAGGCAUGCCAUCUCGACCAGAGCAGUUCAGACAAUUCGCAGGUUCAUGGAUAACUUAACAGACGGAUGGUACGAGGACAACGCGGGCAGAGUCAAUUUCUCUUCCGAUUGGGCCGAAGCGAUACAUGAUGGAGUACCAGCCAUGUCCGACUGGAUGGAACAGCUAACUCUCAGCUUGAGCAAUGAGUUUCGGCGGCAUGGGAGGAUGGGAGACGACCACAGCACAAGAUACGAGGGCAGCGCCACCAAGCUGGCCAACUUCGUCAAGGUGAAGUGGCUCUGGAUGAUAUACCCACCCCUGUGCUUGACCAUUAGCAUAUACUACCUCUUUGCCACGAUUUUGGCCAGCGUCCGCGACAACGUUGCGGUUUGGAAGGGCGAUUCAAUGCCGAUGCUCUUUAGCUGCAUUCACCCCGAUAUUCUGCAACUCGGAGCUAGCAAAAUGGAUACACACAAGGGACUGGAUGAGCUGGGGCGCCAUGGUAUCGCGCUGGAGAAGGCAGAGUCGGGCGCUUGGGUGUUUGAGCCUACCGUUGGGCCGGAAGAUCCGCGUGGCCGCAUGCAGAGGGUAUUUCGAUGGCGAGACUGA